UGUAGAUGAUAGAGAACGGAGAAGUCGCCAUGGCCGGUCGUCACCACCACCACCACCAUCGCUCGUUACCACCACCACCAUCGGCAUCUCUCCCAUCCCCCAUCGCUCGUCACCACCACCAUCGCUUCUCAGAUCCGUCUUAACCCUUGGUCGUGUCGCUGCCGUUCCGCUUCUCUUCGCGAGUAGGCUUCUCAUUUAAGUUCUAACUUUUUUGUUGGGAUUGUGUUUUUCAUGUUCAAGUGUUCACCUUUGCUUCUCAUUAGCUCUAAAGCUCUUUUGGGAUUGUGUUUUUUUUUCAUGUUAAAAGUUUCACCUUUUUUGUUGUUGUUAUUUUGCUUGAAGCCUUUUACGUUGAUUGUUGGUGGGGAACAACUGCCACCACAAGCAUCUUCGUUGCAGCAGCUAUUACAGAUUGGCUUGACGGCUAUCUUGCACGCAAGUUAUGUGUGUUGCAGAAGUCCAAGGGGGAUGACUCUGCCAAAACUAUGUCCCAAUGUUUGCAAGGUGGUGGUCAUGACUCGUGAGCAAGAGCUGCUGUUGUGCAGAGGAGAUGUCUCAAACUCGUCUCCGUCUAGACUCAAACGAAUGUUGCAGUCUCUCACUGGAAUGCCAAGUGCAACCUUUGAAGCUAAAACAUUGCUCUAUACGGCAGACUAUAAGAAAAUCGUGCUUAAGUAUGGGUGUUGAGAUAAGUUAUCGUGUACUGAUUGGUCCCAGUCUCAAGUAUGGGUGUAUGUCCUCAAAUCAUUGUAUUUAGCAACACUUGUUUUGUGUGCUUUUCAGAUACUGCGGAAGCUUGAGGAAAGUGGAAGAGACAGAUGAACCUUGAGGAAGGUCGAAGUGAAAAAAAGAGCUUGAGGAAGGCGGCGGCUUAGGUUUAGGUUUAGGGUUAACUAGCUUUUGUUUAAUAUGUACUGGACCUACUGGUUUAGUUUUGUAAAAUUAAUUUUAUUUAUAAACUGAUUAUAAUUAAUAAAUAAAAUUUCAUUUUUAA